AUGCUGAUGUCUGUGGGAACAGACAAUAUCGAUUAUGACGAUGUCAAGCAUUUGAUCAAAGAAAGGACGUCGCCUGGCUCGGGCAAGUCGAUCUCGAUACCGGGCCAGGGCGAUGAGAAACUCGUUGAGCUUGAGAAUACGCUUUUUGCUGUUCUCGCGGAUCAGCAUGAGCGGAUUGAUUUGUUUGUGAGGAGUAAGGCUGGGGAGAUCAGGAGGCGAUUGGACCAUGCAAAGAAACAGCUAAUCCAGCUCUCCACCCGGAGAAUAUCCGCCGCCGAACACCGCGUACCCAUCGGCCGUCUAGAGCGCUACGGCAAGCUUGAAAACGACGUGCUCAAAGCCGGCGACGAGAUUAGAAGUCUCGCGCGCUUCACGGGUACUCAGCGCACAGCUUUCCGCAAGCUGCUGAAGAAGUACAAGAAAUGGACCGGCUCCUCUGGUCUUGAGGCGCGCUUUCGAGAUGAAGUGCUCGAUGAUCCGAAGAGCUUUACGAAACUGGACCUGGGGCCUUUGCUAGAUGAGUAUUCGGUGACGCUGCAGGAUAUUCGGAGUUUGUAUGAGACUAGCUUACAGCGGGCGGCGGCGAGGAAGGGCUUUAAGGAAGCCCCUGCUUCUCCUGGACCAUCUUCUGUGGAUCGGUUGCGGGGGGCUCUGCGCAAUGGCUCGCGAGUGGAGUUCGACACGGCUAUCGCGACUGUGCCUCUGGGUGAGGAGGGAGAGGUGGCGAACUACUUCGUCCACACGGAGAAUGUGGUGGAGCUGCAAAUCUCACUACUCCAGUAUAUGCGGUACUACACCUCGAGGAGUCGCUCAAACUCGACGGCGACACCAGUGACGCCGGCCACGCCUCGAAGGCCGUCAGCUAAUACCGAGGGCCAAGAUGCGGACUACUCCAUGCUUGUCGCCGACGACCAAGCUCGCUUUGCGCAAGACCAGAGCAGACUAACCGUGAAUCAGCGCGAGCACGCUUCAGGCGCUCCUCCACAAAUGGCUAAGGCCUUGCUUCACUGGAAUGAGGCGGAGGAUGCGAUGGUUUCUAUGCGUUCCGGGGCACACAAGACCAAGACGGCAAUGCUCAAGAGGAAACAGAUCGAUUCGUUCUUCGACCGAGACGGCUCCAUGCCGAAGCAAGCAGAGGAUAAAGAUAGCGACGCUCUGCUUGCGGUGCGCAAAGAGCUCCUCAAGGAUGCUGCGGUGCGACCGUUGUACAAGAUAUCGAGCUGUCGCUGCAGGUUCGCUGGGGUGAACGAUGGCUCACAGUCGCUCACGCUUGCGACGCUCGACUCGUCCAUUUCGAUGCAGCGUAUCACCAACGGCAAGCCCGAUAACGAAGCAUCGCAACUCCCGUUCGCUGUGCUUCAAGUACGCAAAGAAGGAUCCACGACUAAUAAUCUUCUCGCCAUGCUGGACUCCAGCCACCUCGUCGAGCGCGUUCGCGGCUUUUCUCUCCAGUAUCACGCACUAUGGCAGACGUGCCGACCAAAGAACAUGUCACCUCCAUUCUGGAUUCCGAUGCUCUCGCAGGAUAUCCGCAAGCUUCCACCACCCGCCUUCAAGCGUAACGGAACCAAAGCAGAAGGAGGCUCUGGCUCGCAAUCAGCCACCCAAGGCACGGUCUCCACCAACUCCAUCCGCGGCCUGACCGACAGCACCACAGCUGUCGAAACCUCCCGCCCCUCCUCCUCGGUAGUGCAAACAGACCUCUCCACCCCACCCCUGCGCUCCUUCCGCAAGAAACGCCGACGCACCUACGCACAACGCGCUGCAGAGCAGCAGAAAUACUGGUCCGAGUACGACAACCCCUCCGACGGCGAGAACACCUCCGACGCCUACGUCCUCUACAUCGACCCCAACGAAAAGUCCACCCUCGACCGCCUCCUCGACAGACUCGGCGGGUUCUUCGGCCGCUCAUCCGCAGAAGAAGAGGAAUCUUUACUGCCAUCCCCCUCCACCCCACUAAACGACGACGACACCUCCGACGAAGAAGACACCGCGCCAGCAGCAACCUACGGCACGCUCCCUCGCCCCCUUCCCGGCUGGCCUUCACAACACCACAACGAAGGGCCGCCAUUCCUCCCCCAAGUCACCGGCAUCUGCUUCUUCGCCUCCCUCUCCAUCCUGCUCGUCGCCUACAUCCUCGCCACCACCUCCAAACACAAGUUUGUCGCCGAAGUGGACGUGGGCAUUAUUUUCGCCGUGGCGUGUGGGUUGGCGCUGGCGGUGAUUGGGUGCGUGCCUGUUAUGCGGAGGGAGGGGGGAAGUUGGGGGAGUUUUGCCGUGGUGGUGGCGGUGGUGACGGGGGAGGUGGUGGGGAGUGGGGGGUUGCUUGCUUGGGUGUUGGGGUGA